AUGGAGAAGGACAUCAGCCGGGCCAAUCUUAUACGUCAUGCGAUACACUACGAUCCAAAAGUCCACCAAGGCAAUGAUGCCAACUCACAGUCGACGGCCGACUCGCUGCCAGACCACGUUGACGGAGUGCGUGCUGGACUGUUGUUUAUGCAGAAGAUCAUACCGAAGGACUGGGAUGUGACUCUACGAAAAGAGCUGGCCCAACAUGGGACUGUGGAUAUCGGCCCAGAGUGGUGUCUUCACCCUCCGGACUCUGCCAAGCAUCAUGGACGCUGGCGACAGCAAUCUUUGCACGACAACCUUAGUUUCUGUGAAAGUGUCGUAGGAGAUGCGGACCGGAUACAGGAUGAUUCGGAAGAUGAAUGGACUUUAUUCUGGAGGACGAAGAUUUUCAGAUUGUUCAAUGAUGAGAGGCAUGAGGAUUCGGGUCUCGACUCUAGUGUAGAUGCAUGGUUGCUUUACGAGAACGUCCAAUGGAAUGAAUUCGACAGUUUUGCAAAACCCUGUCCUGGGUUAGUACCCCGCACGCAUCCUAAGCCAGAUUUGACGUACGCAUUUCCGAUUCAGAUCUCAUCACCGGACAGCCUCCAAGGUUUUGCAAAAGAUGAGCUCACCCAAACACUCUCCGUUCAAUCACUCGGAAAACUCGUGGAGCAAGGUGUGGCUUGCGCGCCAACAACUGCCCUCAGAAACAGAUCAACCCUCCCUGAUAAAUCGGGAUGGAGCAGUUCUGACCGAUCCUGCUUUCCUUGGGCCGUUGUUGAGAUAAAGAAGGACGUUACAUCACCUCGCGACGUUGCCGUGGAAAGAUGUUAUUGUCAAGCAGCCAAUGCUGCAGCUGCCGCACUUGAUAUACAAUCACAACUCUUCGGGAAAGUCAACAAUACCUUACCACUGCAAUCGCCUCCUGUCGUUGCUUUCACGUGUGUUGGACCUGUAGUCAAGGUUUGGCUUGCAUACAACGACAAAACAAUAUUUGGCCAUCCAGUACAGCGCAUGAGAUGUAUCUGGUCGACUUCAAUACGACUCACAUGGGGAGUGGUAUCACUGCGUGCCAUCGUCAAGAACAUGCACACGUGGUCUUCACGCCUUCUCAAGCCAAAGCUGCAAGUCGCCAUCUUGCAAGCCUCGAAAUGUUUACCCACCAUAAAUCCGUCUGGCUUCCACGACCCUCCGAGUUGGUGCCUACCUAUGCCUGCUGUGGACUGCUCGGAAGCCGUCUCUACAAACAGCUCGUCUAGAGAAAAUCUUAGCAUUGCCCAGAUAUUCGGCAAAUCGAUAACACCCGAGAAGCACAAUACGCCUUUACGGCAUCCGCGUAUCGAUACUCCAACGCCCUCGAAGGGCACCGACCAGAUACCUCCACUUCGCAACCAUCAAACCAAAGAAGCCUUGGGUUCCCGAAAAGAUUCUAUCUUUCCUACCUACGGAAUGUUUGGACAACUCAUCAGUACGGGGACCGAUGUCUUCAGUAGACCGGGUAUCGGAAGUAGCAUCGGCACUGCAACAGGUGUUGGCCUUCGAAACCAAAGCAAGACCGAGGGCCUCGGCCUUUUCGGUGGUGGCACAAGCACAAGUGCUGCGCGAGGAUCUGUACAGGAUGCGAGUACAUCUCACACAAGUAUUGGCCACGCCAGGGUCAGCGUUCUUGGGGCAUCACAAAAAGCGGCUAGUCCUUCCAGGAACGCCGGCAAUGGCGAAAAAGGCUCGACUUCUGGCUCUCCAACCAAACUAGCGAUUACUUUCCCAGGUAUCAAUGACCCUAGCGGCAAAAGCUCACCUUGCCGGUCAUCGCCGAAACCAGGGUUCAGUCCAUCUCGCAGGCCAAUGUUCGGACCGUCUUGGAAGCCAGAAUUCGGCAACAAGAACAACGUUGACAAAACAUUGGUUUCCGGGUCAUCAUCAAAACACGCGUUCAGUCCGUCGGGUAAUCCGGGGUUCGAAGUUAACGACAACAUUGGCAAGUCUUCGACUUUCGGCCUAUCACCUCAGCCAGCCUCCGCAUGCCUGCCUGAUCCACUACCUUGGUUAUCAAACAAAAACAGCCAUGAAUGCGCUGGCAAGAGCACCGAUAACCACGGAUAUGGACUGUUUGGGGGGUGCAGCUCAUCAGAAUCAAGGGCGCUGGGCGAUGUUAGCGAGGGCACAUCUUCAGCUUCAGUCAAAGGAACAGACAUGUUUGAUAUAACGACUGCCUUUGAAUCUACCAGUCUCGAAGACGUUUUCCAUUACGAGUCUAAUCUUGGUGUUGGUACUACAGGUACGCCAUUCUCAGCCCAUCGAGAGCGAGAAAGAUGUGAAACCCAGGUCCAGGAGUACCAAACCAUCACCUUCCAGCCGCCUUACGAGAACUAUUCGCUCGAGGAGCUAAGGAUGGCCGAUUACGAUCGAGGAAGACGAUAUCCUCUACCCGGUUAUGGAUUCUAUCGGUCUAUAAGCGAGUCCGUAACGCAAGAUGAUCACAGUGACGAGGACGCAGAAAACGACUCAGACGAGGACUUUGAUCAAGACGCUAGUGACGACUCCAGCGAUGAAUCCAGCGACGACACUAACGAGGACUCGACUGAGAAUCUCACUGAGAGCCCUAUUGCGAGCUCUACCGAUGACUCAAAUGCCGACUACAGCUCAGACAGCUCAAGCGGAAGGAGCACUCACGGUGCGCUCGCGAUACAUGGACUACGACUGGUCAGUUUGAAGAAAGUCAAAAGGAUGAUCAGCGACCUCGAGAAACGGCAGCAGCGGCGCGUACUGAGGACGUGUAAGGUGUUCAUUAAUUCAGACGGCACGAUGAGUAUACCACUUCGCGUUGUGGUAGAGGAAAUCAACAAGUUCUUGGAACCGGCAGAUCGUAUCACGUGA